UCAUUGUUAUCUGACCCAUCCAUACCCCUCCUUUAUAGUCAGUAAUUUGAGAGCAUGAGGCUUUCCAUCUCUUUUACUGGAAGGGUCUGGGAGGGAUUGGGACAUGAAUUCUACCUGCCCUGACAGUGAAAUACAGAGUUUAGUUUGGCCAGCUCAAAGCUAGAGCCUUUCGUCCAGACCCUCUCCCCUCCAUCUAAGAAGGGUGGUUUCUUUUUUUAGGUUCCCCCCACUUUUCUUCCUGAUGUGAGCUAGCCAAGGGCUCUGCCAGUCACUGAAGCAGCAGACUCUUCUGCUAGCUUUCUCAGUCUUAUCUGGACAUCAACCCUUGUAGGCCUGGUUCUGCCAAGUCUUUGAGCCCCAGUGGUUCUCAUUCUAAGAGAAGCUUCUUGGCUAAGGCCUCCUUCUUUGUCUAGCCAUUUUUAUCCACCAUUCUCUGCCGGUCAUCGUCACAUUUAGAUCCUUUUGUCCACAGCUUGGAUGAGCCCUGCCACCUAUAUUUAGGCUUUUUUUCUUGCCCAUGUCAAACUAGAUAUUGGGUGGCAACCAGUCCAGUAGGGGCUAGCAUCAAUGCCAAGAGAGCAAGGCAGUAUUCCAGGCUGGAGCAAGUCAGGUAUUAAAGACUACCAUUCUGUUAGAGGUAAAGAUUAGCCAAAGGUCUAUAAAGUAGGGAGUGAAGAUAGAUGCUAGGGGGGCUACUAGUUACUAGUCACAGUUACUUGUGACUAAGGACAAAUGGAAGUGUUGAAACUAUAGUAUUUGAAAGCAAGAUAGAGUAAAGAUGUGUUGAGGAUUAAAGAAAGCAAGAGUCAGAAAUCCUGGUUCAGUAGUUUGAGAUAACAGUGAGUGCUGCUGAGUAUAAACACCUAAGUGAGGCUAAUCUACAGAUGGGGACCACUUGGCAUUAAACCUCCUAUCCUUCCUGCUGGCCAUGGACAAUCUGGAGCAAUGACUGCUGGAGGGACAAGAGCAUGAUGAUCUGGGCCCAAGCAGGGACAGAGGGGUUGCAGGUCCAGGGACUUACAAAGUUGACCCAGCAACUUUCAAUGUGGAGAUAGGCACUUAGCAUAGAUGAGGACAGGUCUUUCAUACGGGAGGCUAAACUCUUAAGUCAUUGUCUUGCAGAUGGGUAGGACUAACCGGGACAUUAGCAAUCAGUAAGGCCAAGCCUCUAUUGCCAUUCUACAAAGGACAAAAACUAGAAAGCAGAGAAAGGCAGGAAUUUGGCCCGAGGUGAGCCUGGAGUCCAUUGUGCCUGGGUAGCUGUAAUGAUGUGGAUGCAUCCCUCUCCUUCCUGUUCUGUACAUUCCUCUUGGUGACAGGGUUGGCACCAUGUGCAUGGUCACUCCAGAGCAUUGGAGUUGCUGACUUAGCCUUGUAGAGGCCCCUAGUCCCCCUCUACCCUUUCAGUGUCUGACUUCCAUUCCAUAUACUAGACACAAGUAUGCCAUCACUGCUACAACUCUCCCACCUUUCCAUGUUGCCUGACUUCCAUUCUCCCUCCACCAUUGGCCUGAGAUAUCAGAGGGUGAGAAAUGGAGGCAGAGUGGUGAUCCAGGCUUGGGAGGAGGCAGAAACAGGAAAUAUCACCAGGAGAGGAAUUCAAAUGGGGGAGGGGUAGUUCUGGCCAUCUCCCGUCUGUGGGGGACAUGUUGAGGAGGAAAAGGGCAUCACAUAGUCACUUGGCCUGAGAACAGAGAGAGCCUCCUAUAUCUAACUGAUAUCCCCCUCCUCCUCCCUCCCCUGCCAGAGUCUCAAAUCCAUCCCUCUUCCCGCAAUCCUCCAAUCCUGAGGAUGUUCCAGCUGUGAGCCCAAUGCCCAGACCUUCACACUCCUAACCAUCUCCCCACAGGCUCAGUUGUCCAUGGGGGGAGUGACCCCAGGCUCCCUGCCCAGGGCAAAUGGGACUCCAGUUUCUGAGUUCCUUUUGGAGGGUCUGACGGAUGCAAAGGAUCUGAAGCCAGUGCUCUUCACCAUCUUUCUGCUGGUCUACAUCAUGGCCCUGGCUGGAAACCUGGGCAUCACUAGCCUCAUUGUUCUGGACCAAAGGCUCCACACGCCCAUGUAUUUCUUUCUGGCCAAUCUCUCACUUCUUGAUGCUGUCUAUGUCUCCAACAGUGUCCCUCAGGUUCUGGCACAUCUGUUGACCACUGAGCGGCUCAUGUCCUACCAUGCCUGUCUUACCCAGAUGUUCUUUCUCCACUUCCUGGCACCCUGGGAGUGCUUCCUACUCACAGCCACGGCCUAUGACCGCUAUGCUGCCAUAUGCCGACCACUUCACUAUCUGGUCCUCAUGAGCCCCCAGAUCCGGGCAAUGCUCACCUCAAUUUCUUGCCUCCUCGCGCUAACCAAUGCACUCACCCAUACACUCCUGGCAACCAAGCUUGACUUCUGCGGGCCCCGCCUGAUCACCCACUUCCUCUGUGACCUGCCACCACUCCUCAAGCUCGCCUGCUCCAACACACGGCCCAAUGAACUGGGCCUUUUCUUCUUCAGCUUUCUGGUGGCCCUCAUCCCCUGUGCUCUGAUUGUGGUCUCAUACAUCAACGUGGUGGCUGCCAUCCUUCGGAUCCGUUCAGCUGAGGGCCGCCAAAAAGCUUUCUCCACAUGUGCUGCCCACCUUACCAUGGUCUGCAUCUUCUAUAUCACCUCGGUGCUCUGCUACAUCCUCCCCAGUGCCUCCUACUCGAGGACUCACAGCCGGGUGUUCUCGGUGCUUUAUACCAUCAUCACACCCAUGUUCAACCCCAUCAUCUAUAGCAUGUGCAACAAGGAGGUCAAGAGGGCAGUGCACAAAGUGCUGGGAAGAGAGAGACUUGUCUGAAAGAGGGGGUGGCCCAGAGAGGCAGGGUCAAUGGGGAAGAACAGCCCAAACCCUUGGGUAUCAAUACCAGCAUGCUUUCCUAUACUUAUUUAUGGUUUACAAAGCCCAAUCCUCCAAGCUUCUCCAUGAGGUAGGUAACAUCUCAUUGUACAGACUCUCAAACAGGAUCCUAAAGGUGAAGUGACUUGCCCUUGGGCAUUCAAACCCAGGUCUCCUCAUUUUAAGCCCCAAGCUCUCACCAGUAUAUCAUGCUGUCUCUCUGAGAUAAAGCCCCAUGGCUUUUAUUUGAGUUUUUGAUCCAGACCUAGGGAACUCUCAGGCCACCAAAGCAGGCCUACAACUCUGCUCUGCAACUUUGAGUUUGAGAAAGCUGCCUGGAGCAACAGUGAGAGGUUAAGGGACUUGCCUAGGGUCACAUAGUCACUCUAUGUCAGAAGCAGGAUUUGAACCAGUUCUUUCUGACUCCAAGCCUGACCUCUCUCCAUUUACUAAGCAAUACUGCUUCUCACUCCAUGUCUUUUUAACUAGUGUCCUGGUUUCAGAUGCCCCAUGUGAGAACUUCCUUCGGUAAUUUGUCCUCCCACUGACUGGUUCUGUUGUGCUUAGGUUUUUCUGUGUCAAGUUUGUUUCUUAAAAUGAGGAUCAGCCAUGAUAAGAGUUCUAGUCUUUGGUAUAGUGUGUUUCCCAAAGCCCUUAGACUAGUUCACUAUGUAGCUCUACUGACCUCGGCCACAGAUAACGCCUGAGAGGGCCCAGAUGGGCAAAGACAAUGAUUGAGGGACAGAGCUAUCACUAUCCUAGGACAUUAGGCAGAGCCAUUGGUGCUUUCAAGCCCUGUGGUAUACCGGGGGCCAUCAGCCUCCUGACAUUUGGCAGCACAGCUUACCUACCUCAGAAGCCCCUCACCUGGGACACACAGCACAGCAGGCACACAAUGUAACACACAGCAGGCACUCAGGUAACUAGUCUCCCCAGGGUCUGUCAUGCAGAGGUUCCCCUGGCUCUCCUGCUCUCCCACCUGCCAACCCAGCCUGAACUGAAGGUGAUUUCACAACCCCACUCCAGACAUUUGGGUGAGCUCUCCUUUUAUAUGCUGGCUAUAGGCCGUUUCCGAGUGGGAGAGAGGAUGCUUCCUUCCUGCUCCACAAGACCAGCUGCCCUACCUUCCUGACUGGGAUAAAACUCAUUUUACCCUCAUAGCAACUCUGUGGAGCAGGUACCCAUGUAUUUUAUUUUACAAAUGAGAAAACUAAGGCCUAGAAAAGGUAAGUGACCUGCCCAAGGACACACAGCAGCUCAGUAACAGGACUGGGAUGGGACAGUGAUGGACAGGAAGAAGGGAAAGGGAAGGAAGGAAGCAUUUACAUAGUGCUGACUGUGUGGCAGGCACUAUUCGAAGUUCUUUCUACAAAUAUGAUCUUAUAUGAAGGAGACAGAGCAGUGGGGGUGGGGCUAGACUCUGGCUUGAUUUCCUGGGGUGUGGGGAGAGGUGUAGGACUACUGUGCUUUUGAGGGCAGGAACACUUCUGGAGUCAUGGAAGCAAGGGGACAAAGUGAUCCUUGAUGAAAGAGCCCUUGACUGGGCACCAAAAGAUUUGGGUUCUAGCCCUGGCUCUGGCACUUGCCAGCUGUGUGACCAGGGAUACAGCAUUUGACAUCUUGGGAUCUCAGUUUCCUUGUAUGUAUAAUGGAGAUAAUAAUACAUUACUUCCUUGUCAAGGUUAUUGUAAGGAAAGUACUUUGCACACAUUAAAUCAGCAUAGAAAUAUGAACUAUUAAUUUUUCAAAUGGAACAGGGCCAGUCAGCCAAUGAAGGCUCAAGCCUGUGGUGACUGGGAAUCGAGGGGCUUGACUUUCCAUUUCAGACAUUCUGAAACUGUUUCCUGCCAGCCUGACCUGAGGGGAAGGAAAUCCCUUUGGAUUGGCUGCUGAGCCAGAACUGGGCCUGGUUUCUGUGGAGUGUAAGCCUCUAGGGGAAGAGAGCACCAAGGACCUACUCUCCCACCUAGGUCUACAUGGCUCCAGAACCACUUGGCCUUGCUGCUUGCUGCUUCAUCCCUGUUGUGUCUACUCUUUACUGACUUGGGGGAAGGAAAAUUGGAAACCAAACUUACUAUGUUGCAACCUUGAAAGCUUCAAAAGCUUGAGACAGCCCCAGGGAUCUAAGCACAAGAGUCCAGGGCAGAGUUGGCAGGUAACUGAGCCCAGUGAAGCCUGCAGCUCUGAGCUACCUGGUUGAUCUAGCCCAGCAGACUGGGAAUUGAUGCUGAGACGCUGGGUUCUGCAAGCAAGGGGGAGACUUCCUCCAUUCACUCUGCCACAUUUGAAAGUGAAUUUGGUGGGGAGAAUGCUUUGUAGCAACUAUUUUAAACUUGAGCCCACUUGCUCCAGGGACUAUGGUGCUAUAGGGGAGAGUGUGCCCCUGGCUAGGGGGAUGUGUUUAUACUUUUGUUUUUUCUAUAUCUUUUCAGUAAAUAUCCCUGUUGUAAAAGCUAAUUGAUGUUAAAUUAUAUUGGAGUGCUAAUCACUAGGUCAAUCAAUGACAAUUGACUGUAGCUGGCAGUUGCUAUUGAAAAGAGCAUACCAGAAUGGGGACUUGAGUCAAUAGCAUUAGAAAGACCCCUAGGUUUACCCUUAGAACCCUGAGGGGGAGAUGUGGUCAGCAGCCUUGUCAAGGGAUCCUGACUCAUUAAUUCAAGUGGGAGUUGGAAUGAGGACCCCAGAGUAUAUAAAGGUUACAUAUAUAAAAUGAGGGAGUUAGAAUAGGUGGCAGCUGAAUCCCCUUCCAGAUCCAUCACUCCCUAGUUCUAAAUAUACCACCUCUGGCUGAGGAGAAGAAUGGCCAUGGAAAGGGAUUUUAUUCUCAAACUCAACUUGAAACCUAAAUUUGUAUUACAAGAGGAUCUGACUCCAAGCUAAAGAUCCAGGGUGACCUAGGAAGUUGGUUUCAUUCAAAUCAAAUCUGAGGCUAAGACCAGUGUUAGAUUAAGUAAUGAUUAAUAAUAGUUAAACAUUCAUGAUAAAGGUACAAAAGU